AUGCAACAGUAUUCUGGCGAUGUUGCUAAAGAUAUCCAUCUCUUAACCCAGCUCCAUAUUCACAUGAUCUCUACUAUACCAUACGAGAACUUGUCUCUGCACUACAACCCAACGCAUACCAUCCAGAUCAGGCCCGAAGGAACGUUCCAGAAGACUGUCGGCAAUGCCCGUGGUAGAGGGGGAUACUGCAUGGAGAACACUAUCUUUUAUCAUCAUGUUCUCAGAGGCCUCGCAUUUCCAUCCUAUCUGGCACCCGUUCGAAUUAGGGCCCGGGUGGAUGGAGUGCCGCAGGGAGACUACAGUGGCUGGGUGCAUCUCGUGAUCAUUGUGACGCUCUCCGAUGGCAGUAAGUGGAGCGUCGACGUUGGCUUUGGUGGCGACUGCGCGACUGCUCCCGUACCGCUCCUCCACGACCACCCCCAAGUUAAUCUAGGAAACCAAGAAAUUCGACUCUGGCGCGAUCAUAUUCCAAUGCAACUUCUUAGGACUCCGGAGACGAAGCACUGGAUCUACCAAUACCGGAACAGCAAAGACCAAGACUGGAAUGGCUUCUAUGCAUUUGCCGAGUAUGAAGCGAUAGAGCCCGACUUCCACAACCUCAACUGGUACACAGGCUCACAUCCAGAGAGCUUCCAAACAUUUACCGCCAUCAUCGUCAAAUUUUUGCGUCGGCCCAAGGCUGCCGAUGGAGCACAUACAGGCGACCAAGAAAUCUAUGGCAAGCGAAUGCUUGUGAACGGUACCAUCAAGGAGAAUCUAGGCGGCAAGACAAGUAUCGUCAAAGAGUGCAAGACUGAAGAGGAGCGCAUUGCAGGCCUACAAGAGUGGUUUGGGAUGACGUUCACUGAAGAAGAACGAGAAGGCAUCAAAGGCUGGACCACCGAGUUGUGUGGAGAUCAGAGUUCGAACAGUGACGAAGUCUGGCAUGUGAAAAGAGGGAAGGCAUACCGACACGAAUAUCAGAGGAUGCAGAACACUGGCUGA